GAAAAUAUUACCCCGCACUAGCUAAUAAAUGAUCGAAAUCUGAGCGAUUGGCGAAGGGAAUUAAUUUCCUGGCGACAUAUUCUAUUUUGCGCAAUCGUUGUUAAGAAUCGCGAAGAUGGCACCACAAGAGUAAAUCCGGAAGCUAACGAUAUCUCGUUAUGAUUCCAUCGACAAUUAUUUACCUCCGAUGUAACGGUACACGAUGUUUAAAUUUACGUGCGAAUAGAUAUAAAAAGAUGAUACUACGCUCAGGUUAUACUUACCAACCCUCCAUGAUGUUUAUUGAGUUCAACCCUACUACGUACCAGGUAUUGCUCUUGUCUUUGCAAUGAAGUCCAUUCGGUGGAUUUCCGUACUAAUUUCGCUCGCCACAAGCGUUGCCUCACUUCCUAAGGCCGACCAGGUAGGAGUUACAACUUAUGAUGGAUAUAAGGUAUUCCGAAUAAACACGCAUGCGCGACCGUCUAUCAUACAAGAAAAGCUCUCGAAUAUCACCUAUGAGCAAUGGAAUCACGAUGUAUACAAACACAUUGAUAUUCUCGUUUCUCCUGACCAGAUCACACGUUUCGAAUCACUUGAACUUGACUACAAAGUCAUGCAUGAGAAUCUAGCGGAAUCAAUUGCUGCAGAAUCUGCUACCAAACCCAUAUAUCAGCGACAAGCCGGGAAUCUUUCAUGGUAUGAUUCAUAUCAUGGUUACGACGAUCAUGUUCAAUAUUUCAAGGACUUACAACAAUCAUUUUCAAACAACUCUGAGAUCAUAUCGUCUGGCACUUCAUAUGAGGGAAGAGACCUCUAUGGCCUUCACUUGUGGGGUGCGAGCGGGCCUGGUAAGCCAGCAGUACUUUAUCAUGGAAAUGUACAUGCUAGGGAAUGGAUCACAUCGCCUGUCGUCGAGUACAUAACCCUUCAGCUUAUCAAUGGCUAUAAUAACAAUGACAAUUUCACUCGUUCACUAAUCGAUAGAUACGACUUUUAUAUAAUUCCAUUUGUGAACCCGGACGGAUUCGUGUAUUCUCAAACAUCAGAGCGUCUGUGGCGGAAAAAUCGGCAACCGCCACCUCCCGGAGACAACUUGUCUUGUAUUGGUCGCGAUGUUAACAGAAACUGGGAGUUCGCGUGGGAUUCAAAUUCUCGGGGGGCCUCGACCAACCCCUGCUCUCAGACCUAUAGGGGUGAAGCACCCUCAGAUACCCCAGAGGUUCAGGGUCUAGAUAAACUAGUGCGAGAACUACGUGAUAGAUCCGGCAUCAAACUUUUCAUCGACUGGCACAGCUAUGGGCAAUACAUUCUAUCUCCGUUUGGGUAUAAAGAGACACUGUACGCACCGGAGUUAGGUAAGUGGACCAAAGCGGCAAGCGUGGUGAGCGAAAGUAUUAGGGAUAGUUCGGAUGCCCGCACAACGUUCACCUUUGGUCCUAGCGGUGCCGUGUUGUAUGUUACGACCGGUGCAGCACCAGAUCAUGUAUACAGCAUCGGUGGUGCGGAGUUCUCAUACACCAUCGAACUUCGGGAUACGGGAGAUUAUGGAUUCGUGCUGCCUCCUGAGCAGAUCAGGCCUGCUGCCGAGGAACAGUGGGCUGGUCAGAAAGCUUUACUGGGUCUACUAGACGAGGAAUUCUUCGACGGAAGGGGGCCAGCAUAGCCAUUGUGAUAGUAGGGUUCUAUCUGAGAAGAUCAACAAACGACCAAAAUAUACAAUGCAUACCAGGGGAGAGGACCUAUCACUCACUGAUCAUAAUAAAUAUGACAAUCUCAUCAUAACGAGGAACAAAA